CGACCCGACCACUCAACUGUGACCACCAUCCUCCAAAACACGACUUGUCGGUGCAUCGAUGAACGAUUACGUACGCUACGAUCUCGCGGCUUUCGCAGGUUACAAAGUCGCGCGUAUAUCAUCGAACUCGUCGCGCAGUGAUGUGUUUCUGUCAUCGCACGCAGCUGUAGAAUUCUCGCGCUUGACAAGAUUGCGAAUUUGCGAGCAACGCGCCAAGACUUUCAAGUGCAAAUUUUUCAUUCUAACAACAGUUCAUUGCAUUUGAAUUUAAUCCUUGAAUUAUAGACUUUUAACUCAAUUUAGUUAUAAUUGCGAGAGUUGUCAAGACUUUUACUGUCGAACAGUCUAACUUGGUAGACAUUUGUUGCAAUUAUUACUUGGAGAAUUGUUCUUCGAGACUUGAAUUGAUGACUGAUUUAAUCAAGAUCGUCACAAUAGCGAAAUAAAUAAUUAGUUCUCAAUCUGUGCAAAGUGACAGCAAAACUUGACUUUUGUUGACUUGAGUUUCGACUUUUAUUGAAAAUUAUGAAGAUGAAGAUAGCUUAAAGAGAAGUUCAAGAGGAAAUGCAUUAAUUAUUGAAGUUUCUGCCGACAAAGUGACGUUCGGUACUUUUCAAGUGACUUGAUCGAAGAUCAUGCUCUAGGAUGUUGUCCUCUUCGGUAUCGACUCCGUUCAGUGUUCGUGACAUUCUCAGCGAAGACCAGCAGCAACUUGGCGUCAUGGAUUAUGCACAUCAUCAAAAUCAAAUUCAGCAACAGCAUGUGCAUCAAGAUUAUUAUUCGUACAACGUAGUGCCGGAGAACAGUUGGGAAAUGGAGAAAUUUAAGGAGCAGCCGAUGCCUAGUUAUCAACAUUAUUCGGAUCUCAGUCAUGUUCACCAGUUGAGUCAGGUGAUACCACCAUACCAAGAAACUUCUAUCACUGAAGACGGUAACAUAGUUACAUCCAGCAAAACGGAACUGCGUAAAAGUCAGUCUGGUAAAAGAACGAAACGGAAGCCAAGAGUAUUGUUCUCGCAAACACAGGUUUACGAACUAGAGCAGCGAUUCAAGCAGCAGAGGUACCUGAGCGCCCCUGAAAGAGAGAUGCUGGCGCAGACUCUGAAGCUAACCAGCACUCAGGUAAAGAUCUGGUUCCAGAACAGACGGUACAAGAACAAACGCGCCCGGAUCGAAGACGCGGAGAAGCUGCAAGCGCAAAACAUGAAGAACCAACCCCCGAAGAAGAUCACCGUGCCGAUCCUCAUCAAGGAUGGCAAACCUAACGUGCAGGAGUCCUACAGUGGUCCAUACUGGCCGAAUAUUCGGUCGGAUCUGGGUGCGCCGAUGCAGACAGAUUUCAGGACGAGCGACAUUCGCCUCAGUCCGGACUUUAGGUCCAAUUCGAGCGAGAUGAGGAUCGACUCCAGCAUCAGCCCGGAAUACAAGCCGGACGUAAAUGCGGAGAUGCCUGGGAGGUCCAGCCUGAACGACAUAACGGACAGACAACACGUACUGAGUCCAGAGUACAGAAGCAGUUUCGUGACGGAAGCUCCAGCCAGCGUGCACGAUUGCAAUCGAUUGAUCAAGACGGAAUUCAAGGCGUGCGCGAGCGGCAACGAGACCACCACCUCAUAUCCUGACCUGAAGAACGUUCAGUCCGAUAGACGGAUGUCCAUGGAUGUCUCGAACAAUGGCGAGUACGGAUUCUCGAACUAUCUCACUCCAUCUAAUUACCAAAUGCAAUACGUGAAUUACAUGGAGCAAGUGCCUUUGGACCAAAAUCUGCAGCGACUGUGGUAGGUGCGGCCUAAUUGCGAGGGAGGAUCGCAAUUACGGCUGAUCGAUCGCUGUACAUUUCUGCCUACGGAUUUAUAGUGGUUUAGUUGAUAAGCGAUUUAGCGAUUAAGUCAUUAUUUGAAUUCUUUUGAAUAUUAAAUUAUGCGCUGCUGAUAAAAAUCUUAUGUUUGUCAAUGAAUAUUUUAUUACUUGAUCAUACAUAUAUAAAUACGGUUGUUAAUAUUAAUCACCGA